UAGCGCAAGUAAAGCCCGCAACAACAACGGAAAUUUAGCUAUGUCUAGCGCUGUUUCCACAACGGCCGGAUUUGAAGAAAUGGGCACUGGGGCCCAUAGGCGGACGAAGCGCCAACUGGGAGGAAUCCUCAAUACUGUCCUCGGCAGCGUCGGUAGCCUUGUUGGCACAGGAACUGGCUUAGCUAACCAGGGAACAGGACUGUUUGGUCUUGAAGGCGAUGAAGGCAUUGGUGGAGUCAUAAGCGGCACACUAAAUCUUGUCACUGUUGGAGCAGAUGUAUUUACAGGAAUUUUGAGUACAUUUCUUGGCAACGGUGACCUAUUCUCGGGUCUCAUUCCAUUCUUCGGCAACUGAACUACAACGCUCUUCAUCAGCCAUCACCUAAAUCGGCGAAUAUGUAAUCCUAGCACAGCAUAGAAGGCAACGUAAAAGUGCGGAAAGGCUCUUCAUACAAGAUGGACAAAGACAGCGGCUUAAAUACGAAGACGCUACUACUGUCACACCUUAUUCAUGGGAACUGUUCCCCCAGUGAUGCUGACAGCACCACAGUAUUUGUGCAUCUUGCACUAGACGUUUUUACUACCUUCACUGCAUAAGCAACAAUCCACGCUUUUAUCCCUGUCAUACUGUAAACGAACCUCUCAAAUGCUAUGGUUCAGCACACGACUAUUCACAUCAUACAACAACGGAGUAAACAAAACAUAU